UCACGACGUAUGCUUUUCCCUCCCACAGAGCAGAAGUGUGAGACGGCGGGCUUUCGUCGCUGAUUUUGAAGCAUUUCAUUAUUUUGGACCCUUUAAAUUAACCUGUGGCGCAGCUACAAUUCAUAUAUCCAUACAAACUACCAACAGUGACGUCUGUGGGUCGAUUUAAAGUGUAAACGAGGGCCUGCUCCCCCCUCAGAGACAGACGGGCCGUCAUGAAGCUGACAGACAAUGUGCUGCGGAGCUUCAGGGUUGCUAAGGUGUUUCGAGAAAACUCUGACAAAAUCAACUGCUUCGACUUCAGUUCAAACGGAGAAGCGAUCAUUUCCAGCAGCGACGACGACUCCUUGGUCUUGUACGACUGUCAAGAUGGAAAACCCAAGAGGACUCUCUACAGCAAAAAAUAUGGAGUGGAUCUCAUCAGGUACACACAUGCUGCAAACACUGUGGUCUACAGUUCCAACAAAAUUGAUGACACCAUCCGAUACCUGUCGCUUCACGACAACAAAUACAUCCGUUACUUUCCUGGGCACAACAAAAGAGUGACGACACUCUCCAUGUCUCCUGUGGACGACACAUUUAUUUCUGGCUCAUUAGAUAAAACUAUACGACUGUGGGAUUUACGAUCACCUAACUGUCAGGGUCUAAUGCACCUGCAGGGGAAACCAGUUUGUUCAUUUGAUCCAGAGGGGCUCAUUUUUGCUGCUGGAAUAAAUUCAGAGAUGGUUAAACUGUAUGACUUGCGCUCAUUUGACAAGGGUCCCUUUGCGACCUUCAAGCUCCAGUAUGAUCGCACAUGCGAGUGGACAGGACUCAAGUUUAGCAAUGACGGAAAACUAAUUCUUCUUUCUACGAAUGGCGGUGCUCUUCGCAUCUUGGAUGCAUUUAAGGGUGCUGUGCUACAUUCCUUUGGGGGCUACAACAACAGCAAAUGUGUAACGUUAGAGGCGUCAUUCACCCCUGACUCUCAGUUUGUAAUGAUUGGGUCCGAAGACGGAAAGAUCCACGUGUGGAAUGCCGAGAGUGGCAUGAAGGUGGCUUUAUUAGAUGGGAAGCACACGGGACCCAUUACAUGCCUCCAGUUCAACCCCAAGUUCAUGACAUUUGCGAGUGCCUGUUCCAACAUGGCUUUUUGGCUACCAACCAUUGAUGAGUAAAAAAAAAAAGUGAAGGCACAGCUUCUUUCAAAGACUAAAGUCAAAGUGACCAGAAGGGGUCAGCACAACCAGCUCCAUGUGAAUAUCACAGGCAGAUUACAUUCACCUUGUAAAUAUGUUUUCUGAAAUGAAAUUUUUUUUGAUGUUUUUUUUAAUAUUUCUAUUUAACAUUAAAUUGUUAACUAUUGUUACA